GAAUUUUUGAUUUGUAAAUUAAUGAUAAAAAAUCUAACAAAAAUAUUGUUAUAACAUUUUUUAUAUUGAAGCAGACUAUAUAAUUACUAAUGGGUUCUGUUCUAACGGAAGAACAAGAAAAAAUCUUUCAUUUAUUGAGGUUAGAAAAAUGUUGUUUAAGAUGUUGUUUACGUUUCACUGGUUUCCACAAUGCCAAAUAUUAUCAAGAUAUGGACAAAUUGAAAAAUCUUGUACAAUCUUCAGAAGCGAAGAAAGUAGAAGAAAAUGAUCUUCCCUGUAUCGCUUGCUUAGGUAUUCUUCAAUCUAAAGUAGAAGAAAGUUUAAUAGAAAAAAUUAAACAAGAAGUACAAAAUGAAAAUUAUGAUUGUUCGACGUUUACUUACGGUUUAAACGUACCUCUAUCUCUGCUUCUCAGAGAAAGAUCUUUGCAUAUUUAUAUUGCCGAAAAGUUAAAUCUAACUAAAGAUAAUUAUACCCUUAAAUAUGGAACGCUUAAUGUCAAAGACAUAUGGAGAUGGAUCAAUCUUUCUAAACUGGAAGAUAUUAUUGGUAAACGUCCUGAUCUUUCAACACCGUCUCCGUUUUUAAUAGACAUUUCUUUUUUAUAUAAAAAUGAUGAAAAUGAAUGUUGUACAAUAUUAGAUCAAUAUCAUAAAAUAGUAAGAGUGUUCAAGAAAAGAAAGUACGGUCAAAAUAAAUGUAGUAGAAAUAGCAUAGAAUCUGCGAUGAUUAAUAUAACAGAUGAAAUGUUUCAAAAGUAUUACUCAUUUCCACCCGUGCAACCAGAUACUUUUAUAGACAUUGGAAAAGUCUUGUGCACUCACAGUAGUAUUUAUAUAGGAGGACGUUAUACUAAGCUUUCUCGACAACUUUCUCAAACGCCUUGGUUCAUAUACGGUAAAAAGAAAAUGGAAACAUCUGUGCAAGACAUAAUAUGUGAACCCAUUAUAAAAGCUGUCGGAGCUAAAUCAAUCAAAUUUCAAGCUUCUGGAAGAGAAGAUGUUGAUGUAAGAACCCUAAAUUCCGGUAGACCAUUUGCAAUUGAAUUAAUAAAUCCUCGAAUUACGAAGAUAAGUACUGAACUUUUAUCAAACUUGGUAACGAUAAUCAACGAUAGUUCUACGCAAGUUAAGAUAACUAAUUUGAAAUUACUAACAAGGGACGAUUUAAAAAGGUUAAAAGAAGGUGAAACUGAUAAAACAAAAUCUUAUCGAGCGCUUUGCAUAUGUCGUAGCGCACCGCAAAACACGUCGAGCAUUGAAUUGUUAAAUGAGUUAAAAAAUGUGGAAAUAGUUCAAAAAACACCGAUGCGAGUUUUGCAUAGACGUCCAUUGGCUCCCCGUGUACGUUACAUAUACAAUAUGCGCGCUCGAUGGGCUAGACCACAAGAAUUACUAAAUUUACCAAACGCACCCACCGAUAUCGAUAAUAUGUUUUUUGUAUUGGAUCUAAGAACACAUGCUGGUACUUAUGUCAAGGAAUUCAUUCAUGGAGAUUUUGGACGAACAAAACCAAGUUUAUCAGAUCUUUUGAAUAUCGAAGUAGAUAUUGUUGCAUUGGAUGUUAUAAGCAUUAAUUUAGAUUGGCCAUAAAAGACUAUUAUCUACUUCCUGCAUCAAGAAAAAAUAACAAUGAAUUAUGGAAAGAGAUCACCAAGUAUGGGAACACCUUCGGUUUAUUCUCACGUUACAUCAAGGAGUAGCGCAAAUCUCAGAUCUUCUAGAUCUGUACGCAGUGUUAAAAUACCUUGGUAUCAAAAACCAAUUUUAAAGCACGCUUAUAUACUAGACAUUCAGAGAGGAGCUAUGCUCGUAGCAGUAUUUGCAUUGUGUUUGGCACUUUUCACCAUGUGUACGGUAAUAUUCGACAUCUAUUGCCUUUCUCAAGCUACGCCUGGUUCUACUCAUUACGGAUACUAUAUUAUAUCGUAUGAAUUUGUUUAUAUUGGCAAUCAACACGUUCGUAAUGCUCUCAUAGUUUUUGCCUUAUUCUCUAUGAUUGGUGGAAUAGUCGUUUUUAUUACUUCAUUGAUGCUUAUUACCGCAUUGCGUAAGGAAUACGAAAAGAAAAUGGUACCGUGGUUGUACAGUUUUGCUGCAUUUACAAUAUUUCGUCUUUUUGCUUUUCUGUUCUUCAGUAUCGUCAAUGAUUUGAUAUUUGCAUACAAUAUCAUAAUAUGUUUAUUGUGGAUAAUAUUUAUUUCAUUUUCCGUUUAUGGAUGGUUAAUCGUAUAUUCUCUAUAUAUUGAACUAAGCGACCUCACUAGAUUAGAAGACUUAGCACACUUGAGGAUCGGUACUAUGCAAUCUUUAAAUGCAUCGACAACGCACUCCAUUGCCGGUUCUAGGCCUACAACGCCGCAUAGCACGGUAUCGACAAUGCCUGUCAAUUAACAUUUUUAUUACAUACUGUUCUUAUAAUGGGAAGUAAGAGAAAUUUCCUACUUGUGACCGAAUGCAUUUUUUACGCAUUCAAAAUUCUAUCGAAUCUCAAAUAUCAAUUCCGUCCCAAUGUUUAUUAAAAAUAUAUUUAUAGUAUAUAGUUAUUAUAUUUAAAAAUAUCAAUAAUUAAUAUUAUCACACAAUAAUACAUAUUAUUGUGACGUUAGUGAUAUAAAAUCAUAUGUUAAAAUAAGUAUUAUAUAUAUAUAUAUAAAGUAUUGUAAGUAUUUUGAUAAAGUCAGAUUUUUAUAUAUACGUAUAUUUACAAAAGUUUCUAUGUAUAUUGUCAGAGUAGUAUAAAUAGAGAUAGUAGAUUUCUGAUCGAAAUUGAAUAAAAUACUUGU